AAUAGAUCCACAUGCAAUCGUACCAGUGUAGCCCGUUAUCUACCCCCGAAGGGAUCGUAUCGACCUUCAGACAGUGUGCUAAGCUUCAGAAAGACAAAGACCUGAAAAAAUUUGUGUCUGUGGUAGUAUUGGACGAGAUUGGUUUAGCUGAAGAUUCUCCCCUGAUGCCUUUAAAAACACUUCAUCCCCUUUUGGAAGAUGGCACAGCUACUACUGAAGAAUCAGGAAAAACUUCCGACCAUCACCGUGUCGGUUUUAUUGGUUUAUCAAAUUGGGCGUUGGAUCCUGCUAAGAUGAACCGAGGCAUCAUGUUGAGUAGAGGAGUACCAAGUGAAGAUGAAUUGUGUAAUAGUGCAAGGUUUGGGGCGAUAUUGUUAACUUAUAAUAAGUCUAAAAAUGCAUCAACACUAUCUAAGGAGCCGAUUACAUCAAUAGUUAUAUGGAGCGAAAUGACCCCCUUAAAUAAGUAACGUCAGCCAGAGGUUAGCCCCGUAAUAACUAAAAAUGCUCAACAGUUGAACUUAUAGCCUCCUCCGCAGGCAUCUCGUGGUUCACGUAUUUUACAAAGUCGGUGAGAUGCCUGCCAAAACCCGACAUGGUUGAGCCGAUCUGGGCAUCUUGCUUGCCAGCAGUGAUUUCGUCCCUAUAUAGAGUACGCACGUGGGGUGGAUUUUGUCAUCCAAGAUGGCAGAUUGCAUGGAGUGAAGAAUUAUGAGAAUUAGUGAAUUACUGUCGCUUAAAACCAGACUGACUUAUUAAGACUUCAAUGAAAUGCAUUUAAUUUCAUAUAAUAUUUUUUGGAUGAAUUAGUUGUUUUGAAAUUAUUGUUAAUGUUUGAUAGGCAUAAUUAUUUAAAAUAGUUUGUUAUGUUCUAUUAAAUGAAGACACAAAGUGGUUUAUUCACAUGAUAGUAUUAUUAGUAUUACAAUUAAGGCAGUUCAUGGUUGUCAUAGGAUGUAAAUUUUAAUAACUGAGAAAUGUAACAAGAUAAAAUAUAUUUCAGCAUGAUAAUUGCGAACCCAGUGUUAAAUAGAAACCAAGGCGAGAGUCAGAUUGAUUUCAGUGAAAAAGUCUUGGUCUGGUUGUCAGAUUGGCCGAGUAUGCCAAUCAGUGAAGCAACAUCCAAGCUAACGCCACUGUCUGAAAUCUGAAAUUAGCUGGGUGCACUUACUUCAUUAAGAGAUUUAGUACCUGGUGUGAAUUACAUUGUAUAAUCCAGCAGUUAAACAAUAAGGUGGUAGAUGAUUAUAAUAAUAUAUUUCAAUUUUAUUUAAUCCAAAUAAACAUGUUGAAUUGUCAGAGUUUUUGCGCAAGAAACUAGGUGCUAUUUUGCAUGUCUGAGAUGAAGACUAAGGUGCUGCAUCAUAGGAAAAAAAUUAGCGCGGACUGCAAGUGCGUAAAUUUCUUGUACAUGCAGGCAAAGUUGGAUCACACAUUUAAUAGCUAGGUAUAAACUUCUGGAAGGGGGAGAAGGGAUUUGUGGCAUUUAGAAGCAAAUGAGGUCGGUGAUGCAUGCAUCCCUUCUCCCCUUCCAGAACUUUAUACCUAUUAAAUGCGUGAUCCAACUUUGCCUGAGAAUAGGGGGCAAACAUCAAAACAUAUUAUUGGUCAGUAUGUUGAAAAUAAAAUAUUACUACCUUGACAGUUUACUUUGUGCAGUUAGCAGCUUCAGGGCUGCACCACAUUUUAACAAAGCAUUUUAAAAGAGCACCUACGUGAACUCAGUAUUCAAUCAAUGGGAACAUACUCGAACAAGUGUCGACCUUCAAGGAUCUUGGUGUGCUCAUAUCCAACAACUUAUCCUGGUCGAAGCACAUAGAAAGCAUUGUAUCUAAGGCUAAUGAAACACUUGGUCUCAUCAAAAGGAUUUGUAAAGAAGUGAAGAAUACCAACACAAGACGAAUUCUGUGUUGUGCGCUGGUAUAAGACCCAAGCUAGAAUACGCGAGCAGCGUGCGGUCGCCUUACACCAUUAAGCAUCGUUUGCUCAUUGAGAAUGUUCAACGGCGGGCCACAAAAUUCAUCUUGAAUUAUUCUGACAACAUGUCGUACGUGGACCGGUUGCAGAAAACAAAUUUUCUACCACUGGAUUUCCGAAGAGAAAUUUCUGAUUUGAUACUGUUGUUCAAAUCAAAACACCACCUCAUAACAAUGGAUAUAAACAAAUAUUUACUAUGCACUUACAACCCUGGCUAUCAAUCUCGCAACUAUGACGAAAAUAACUUCUACCUCAUAAUAAAACAUAAUCAGGAAUACUUUCAAAACUCUUACUUUAUCAGAUCAGAAAAACUUUGGAACAGCCUACCAACUGAAAUUAAGAAAUCCAGUACUUUAUGUUCGUUUAAAACUCGUUUUAAUAACUUAUAUAGUAUCAAGUCAAAAACAUACAAACUUCCUAAUAAUCGUAGCUACUAAUAUUUAGUUGUAAUGUAAAUAAACUGUUUGUAAUAUAAGUACUAAGUAUUUAGUUCAGUAAAGAUCACUCACUAGCUCGGUGUACGAACAACAGUAAAUCAGUUAAAAUUUAUAUAAUGAUCAAGGGCAGACUAGUGUUAAGCUUUCGUUUGUUCUCACACCGAGAAAUUGCCUAUAAAGUAUGUAUAGACAGUAUAGUCAUAUGGGUGAGGUAUUAAUUGGGACGGUAUGUCCUGUUCCACAUUCCAGUCACAUGUGUUGUCUUGUAGCUUGUUAUGUAUUGUUUAUCAGUGUCAUUGUAAAUAUUUGUGACAAAUUUAAUAAUAAUAAUAAUAAUAAUAACAUUAGGUUAUUAUUUACAUGGAGGUGAAUCUCUUUUGAUGGUGUAAAGACAUGGUCUUUCGCAAUUUUCAAAUGACAAUCCAAAUUUUUAGAUGACUAUUCAAAAUUUAGUCGGCUGGACGGCAGGCUGGUCAACACCGUGCAGUAAUGUAGAAUAAUCUUGAGCGUAACAUCUAAUAUAAUACAGCAACAAUAUAAAUCACGGUGGGCACAAAAGACAGCUAAUUCGGCCACGUACAAAUAACUUUCUGUCGUUAGUUUGGAAUAUCACGAAACUUCCUCACAGGAUAGAAGUUGCAAUUCCUAAAAAUCCUAUCGUUUUUUUUGUUUGAUUUAUAAUUAUUGAAUAUGAACACUUCUUACGUUUGGUCAACUUGCACCAGUUGUUUGCACAUUUGUGUUACAGCACCGUCAGCACUAAGCAAUUUACAUAGUUUACAUGCUGUACAUGUACUCAACAAAUCCCUGAGGCAGAUUUUCUCGCUAACGAGUAACGUACAGCGAAAAAACACAUGGCUAUGAUGACAUGGGAUUGUAAAUUUGAAGUUUGUUCUGAUGGCUGAAAUAUCUCAAAAUUGUCAGUGACAGUGUAGACUAACCAUGCAGUUUCAAUAUAUUAAACGUCCACUAACUUAUAUAACAGUAAUCGAUCGACAGUUUCAACAGGCAAGAGCAUCCAUUAUCCAGUUGAAAUUUCGACAUUUACCACUCCAUCUGCCUUCUAGAGUAUUCCGUUUCCCAAAAGUAUUAAUGUUUGAUGUUAUAUAUAUGCAUGUAGGCUACAGACCAAAUAUAAAUUGCAUGAUUGCAAAAUUUCUUUUAAAUUCCAUUCAUAUUUCACACAUGUCGCUCAAUACGAUUUACACAGUUUCGGCGUGGUUCACCAUCUGGGUUUUGUUAAAUUCUGUUGUAAGUGCAAAAUAAUCAAUGUUUCAUUCAUAUUUGUAACAAUUUGCAACUAAAAUGACAUUCUCGAUCGCUAUUUUUUUAAUUGUCUCUGAAUAUAAAGAGAUCGUAUCCUAUGGAAGUAGGGGUAUAGCACAGCUUUUGACAUUUUGUAGUAGUUUUGAUAUGAACAAAUUUAUCCCGUGGAGGUGGGGUAACGUAGUCGGUCCACAAGGGUUACAUAGCGGGUACAAAGUCUUCGAGUUUUGGCAGGCAUCACCGCUACAAUUAUUUUUGCCUGCAAGCAAAUUUUACCCGCCAAUCUUAAGGGGAUGCCUGCGGAGGAGGCUAAGUUGAACUAUUUUUGCGAGGUAUUGAUUAAUGAUGGUUUAUAUGUUGUGUUCAUAUUAUGGUGUCGGGUGUUGUACAUAUUUAGUGUUGGCCCUAAAACAAGCUUUUUUCGCAUUUGUUCUCGUAAAUUGCAGUCGCAGUGGUGAUCGACCUAAACUUGAAAGCGUUUAUUGAAUCAAAAACAGCAUUUUGAUUGUAGUUUUAGUUUCCGAAUAUUUGUUAGUUUUAAGUUAAAUAUUUGCUUACAUUUACGAAAUUAAAUAAAAGCGCCUGUGUGUGAUUUUUCAACCCACUUUUGCCAGAACAACUCGGAAAAAUGCAGUUGACCGAGUUGGCUCGGUUGUCAACAAGUGAUGUCCGAGCUAGGUCACUGAGUUGGCACCAUAUAAUCGCAUUGUUUUUAAUAGAAGCCGUGGUAUCGGAAAACUUGUCGUACUUCAGUAAACCGCGGGGCAACUGAGCCCAUCUACAUAUUGGAAUAAUAUUUACAUAAACGCUUGAAAAACUACUGUAAGGAUAAGCUAAAUCAGUUUAUUAGUUUGCUUAUAACAACAUUAUUCGUUAUUCAUUUUUAGCGGAAUUUGUUGCGGUGAUAAAGAUAUUCAGAAUCAUCUUAAAGGGAUUAUCAGGAGAUUAUGUAAGGGAUAUUUUGACCUUUACAAACAACAAAGCAUGUCAAAAACACUAAAAAAUGCCCAGAAAGAUGAAUUCUUCGGACUUCGCGACUUCUACAGGUACAGAAUUAUUUUGUGAUUAUUAAUUUAGCUCUUGUUCUGGAAACAAUACAGCAGAAAAUACAAGCAGAAAAUAUGAGGCCGCUUCUUCAUAAUUAUGAUAUAUAACAUGUAAAAUUUUUGUUUAUGUUUAUAUAGUUUAGUGAAGAUGGUGUAUGGUUUUGCUGUGCAGGUGGAACAAGGUGAUCAAAUCAGUGAUAUAGAACUGGAACAAUCUAUCAGGAGAAAUUUCAGUGGCCUGGAUGACCUUGAUCCAGUGAAGAUAUUUAGUCGGCAAUUUCCAAGGCUUAAAGAUUGUCUAAAGGUAAUGAAAUAAACCAGUGGAAUGCAUGGACAAGACGUUAAAUAUUAAUAAUUUAAGCCUGUUUUCCACUAGGCGGAAUGUUCUCUGUUUUGUUUUUCUUAGUUGGAACUAAUUAGAAAAGACAAAGAGAAAUUCCACUCCGCGCGCAAAAUUCCGCCUAGUGGAAAACCAGCUUUACUAACCGAGAGCGCGACAUCUGCUAUAUUGACCGAGUGAUAGCGAGGUCAAUACAGCAAGGCCAAUGUUCGUAGUAAAGUUUAAUAGUAAGUUUUUUUAUUAUAUGGCAUUUUCAUUGAACCUUUGUAAAAAAUGGAAAACAUGCAUGAUCACGCGAGGGCAAAGCAUAAAGUCCUAAAUAUUUUCAAACACUGUAUCAAUAUGUAUAAUUUCAAACUCUACAAAUUUAUCUUCUCUUGAUUAGUAAAACUAUACUCUACAAAUAUUUAGCCAUUUAAUCAAAGACUGCAGUUGUUUGCCAACAACAGCUUUUUAUAGUUCAUUUCAUACUCUUGUUUUCUGUUUUAACUCGCCAUAAAGUAUAAAAUUUUCGAAAUAAAUCUGUGGCUGCUUUAAUUGUAUAUUUUGGAUAGUGUCUUCAAAUUCCUACUGCAUGCCAUCUGCAAAUGCAUGCAGCUCUUUGCAAGUUCAAAACACAAAAUAUUCUUGACUGGUUUUAAUAAUAGUUAAAAACGUAAUAAAAUUUAUUGAAACUCGGCUCUCGUCGCAGCUUCGCAGGGCAACAAAAAUUCCGUAUUGCCUUUGGGCAAUAUGGGAAAAUGCUCGUCAUAUUAAUAGGACAUACGCUCGUCAUACAAAUGCUCGUCAUAUUAAUAGGAAAAUAUCCAACCGAGGACUUGCUGUAUUGAACGAGCUCUGGCGAGGUCAAUACAGCAAGACCGAGGUUGGAUAUUUUUCCGUACUGCCCGAACGGUUGAGGUCAGUACGUUUUUUAUUAUAUAUUUCAUUGUACGUUUGUAAAAAAUGGGGGAAAAGGUCACUCGAGGGCAAAGUACAAAGUCCGACACAUUUGCAAAAAAAACAAUUGUAAAAAAUGUUCUCUUGGUUAGUAAAACUACUCUACUGCACUUUUUACUGUAUAGAAUACUAAUAUAGUUUGGAUAGUAUUUCAAGAGAAAUACGAGAUAUUUUGUCAUUUAAUCAAGAACAACAAAUAUGAAAACAAUAAAAUUAAUGAACAGCAUCGACAAUAGUCUGCUCGCAGACUGCAUCCCGCUCCCACACAGUCUGCUGUCAUUCGACUCUAAUGCCGUACAGCUACCGGCGAAAUACUGUAUGAUCGGCAGUUUUUCAUUGGUUCGUUUCAAAAUUAUACUUGCAUAAAUUUGCUUAGCUAAUUUCGAGACGAGUAUACCGGUUUUACCGAUUACAUAAAGUUUCUGGAUGCUGUUGGGCAGACAUUGCCACACAAAAGAGCAUUUAAUUUUUUGGGAUGAAUAAAUUUGAUAGAAUUUACAAAUCUGGCAUAUAUUUUUUGUGAGUUUAUGUUUCGAUUUCGUUGUAUUGUUUUGCUUGACCUUGUCUAUUGUCUAUUGACCUUGUUUACAUAAUAUAGGUUCUAUUUAAAGUAACGCACCUGAUUGGAUAAUAAAAUUAGAAAGCCACUAAAGUGCUGAAGUGCACUGAAUAUUAUACCUAUUUAUACGACUACGUCACUGUACAGCAUUAGUGACAAAUGAUCGCAGACUAUUAUCCUUCCACCACGGGGGAGGGACAGUCUGUGCGCAGACUACAAGUACGUUUUUAGUUCGCUUCAUGUCAUUUAUGUCUCUUUUUAUUUAACAAAACAGAAGUUUUCAGGGAAAAAUUAUAAAUUUGUGGCUGCUUUACUCCUUUAGUUGUAUUUUUUAUUUAGAUCGAUGGUGUCAGAUUCCUCCUGGCCAUCUACCAAUAAAAUUUGCAGCUCUUCACAUUGUCAAAACAGAACUAUUCUUGAUUGCUUUGAUAGUUAUAAACAUUGUAAAAUUUACCUUGUAAUUUCGACUUUCGCUAACAAAAACGUAUUGAGAAAGUUCUUUAACCACAGCAGUUGCUCCUUUUCUCUAUUUUAGGUUUACGUUUCUUCGUUUUAAAUAGUUUGAAAGACUUUUAGACACUUUUUGCCUUUUGAAACUUGACUCUCGUCGCAGCUAGCUCGCAGCUUCGUAGGUCAAUAAAAAACGGGAAAAUCCUGCCUCGUCAGCAGCCAAUCAAAUUGCGCGAUUCGUCAAAACAAAUGUUUGCCAUAUAAUAAAAUAGUAUAAUAUAUACAAUGCAAUGUCGGUAACACUUUAUCUUUUUAAAGUAUCCCUCGCCAGAAUGCCAUCCAGUGAAUCUUAUCCAAGAAAGUCUUGGUAGAACGGAAAAUCAAGGGUGAGUUGGCUGUAUUGUGUAUGCAUGUUUGUGUGAAUGUUUCAUGUCAUCGUAUUUCAUCUGGGGAUGAGGUGUUGUGUUUGCUGCUCAGCUGUAUGCACUAUUUCUCCAGAUGUGAUGUGGAAUACUGAUAUUUUUAGGAACUUUAAAGGUCAAGAUAGACCUUUUUAUUAUUUUUAUUGGUGUGGCCGAAUACCGGAGUAUUUAAAACAAAAAUAUAGUUUUCUUGCGGCGAAAGUUUUAUACGUCUCAAAUAGCUUUCUGACUUUUAUUGUUUCACUUUUAUUGUUUCACCUGAGCAGGCAGUUCGGGCUUGAUGAAAAAAAUCGAUCCGCUGUGAAAGGCUCCUCAGCCAAUCAGAUUGCUUCAUUCACUUAAAGGCGAAAAAAAUUACAGUUUAAACAGAUAUUGUAAAAGAAAUGUUCACCCCAUACAUCAAUCGCAUUCUUUAAGGUUUAACUGCAGUCAAAACAAGUCAUUAAUAUAUUCUCUAUUAUAAAUAUUGUAAACAUGCACGGUCAAAGUCUGUGUUUAGAAACACAUUUUUUAAGCAUAUAGUGAAACGACCAGAAAAUAAAAAAUUUAAAACAGCAUACCUUCUUCAUUAUCCUCUUAGUAGAGAAGCGCUGAUUAAAUCAAAACAGAUUCAUUUAUAUUGUGUUUUUGAUUGGCAAAGCAACUGAACAUGAAUCUGUCGUUGUUGGAAGCAAGUAAAUUGGUCAGAUGCAAGGCCUUCACAGACCUUAAAAACAAUCGAUUUCAAAAGAAAUUAAUAUUGUAGAACACGAAUAUAUGAAUAUGGACCCCCCCCCUCCCCCAAUUAUCGAGCUGGCUACGCCGCUGAAAAGACCACAAGGAAAGUGAGCUUUGCAUUAUCGCUAAUAUAUACUUGUAGGGAAAGUCGCUAUUUACUUGUUCUGACGGAGAACUAUGCAGCGCUGAGAUUGUUGCAGGGCAAGUUCCACAAUCACGAUCCUGUUAUCAUUUUUGGUAGCAGUUUCCCAAAGGAUCAACAAUACACACAGGUAUAUUUUCAAUUUCUAUUCAUUUGCAUGUCGUUCCGCGUAUUCAAGGUCUUACCUUAAAGCCUCCAGAUAGUAAUAACUUACUGACCGAGAGUGAGGGCAGUACGGGAAAAUAUCCAACCGAGGUCUUGCUGUAUUGACCGAGCGAUAGCGAGGUCAAUUAAUACAGGAAGACCGAGUUUGGAUAUUUUCCCGUACUGCCCGAACGGCUGAGGUCAGUAAGUUUUUUAUUAUAUGGCAUUGUACGUUUGUAAAAAAUGGAAGAAAAGGUCACGCGAGGGCAAAGUACAAAGUCCGAAACAGUUUGAAAAAAAAAUUUUAUCUAACAAAAACAGAAAUUUUCAGGGAAAAAUUGUAAAUCUGUGGCUGCUUUAGUUGUAUUUUUUUAUUUAGGAUGGUGUCAAAUUCCUCCUGGCUAUCUGCAAAUAAAAUUUGCAGCUCUUCACAUAAUCAAAACACAACUAUUCCUGACUGCUUUUAUAGUUAUAAACAUUGUAAAAUUUACCUUGUAAUUUUGACUUUCGCUAACAAAAACGUAUGGAGAAAGUUCUUUAACUACAGCAGUUGCUCCUCUUUUUAUUUUAGCUUUAUUUUUCUUCGUUCUGAAUAGUUUUGAAAGACUUUUAGACACUUUUUGCUGUAUUGAAACUCGGCUCUCGCUCGAUAUUAUAGGAAAACCGAAUUCAAUAAUUGUUUUAUUGCAUAUAUUCAUUCAUUAUAUAUUAAUUUAAUGUUGCGAACCGGCUCAAAGCCAUUUUGUUUACGCUUUCAAAAAUGUGGAACUUUCGGGCGCUUUUUAGCAAACAAUGGACUUCGCCAGGGCUUGGUAACCACAGCGUGCAUGACACUUUUUCGGUCCAAAAAAGUAUCAUUGCACGCUGAUGGCGUCAGCAGCUGAAAUAACGCAGUGGCUUCAAGAUAACGAGAAUUAUCCGACGCGUUUUGACCAAUCACGAACGAGAAUAGACUUUGAAUAUAUAAUAGAAUAAUUUGUGUUCAAUGUUACGUUAUAAUUUUAAUGUGUGAGUAUGGGUUGCAGAUACGGUACGCUAUACCCUUACCAGUAAUUAUGCCUUGUACUGUAAAUUGGGUAGGUUGAAUGGCUGUCCUAUUCAACAUUCAAUUAAUUAUUAUUAUCAAGAAACGUCAGUUCUAAGUUUUUGUAUAUCAACGAUUCAUUUGUCAAGUCGUAUUGAUGUAGAAAUCAUGUUUACCAAAUUAUAGAUUUGUCGAAACAUCAACCGAAUCAAAGUAUGCAUGGAAACAGGAAGGAUGGUGAUCUUGCUCAACUUAGAAAGUCUUUAUGAAAGUUUAUACGAUGCAUUGAAUCAG